AUGAGUGAUCGUGGCCCGCGCCGGAAAGCCAUCCGCUUCAAGGCUCCCUCAGUGGGCGAUAUCAGCUCAAACGAGCGGGCGAGCAGCGGUUCUGCUUCUGGAUACUCGCAAUGGACCGACGAGGAGUACAGUUCCAACGGCGACGAAAGCGACUCCGACGCCGAAUCGGACUCUGGGUCGGAGAACCACAGCGAGUACGACGAAUUGUCGGAUCGCCUUUCUGAUGAGCAGUUCGACCCGUCCACAGCCACAGACGAAGAGUACAGCUAUGUGCCACCGAGACAAAGGGGCCCAGAUCUCGCACGCCGGGUAACGCGUGGCCAUGUGCAUGUGCCCCCGCCGAUGCCGCCCCGGCCCCCGUUCCGGAGAUCGCACAGCCCGCAGUACUACGAUCAUCGUGGCCGCCCGCUGGACUUCUCGCGGCGGCAUUACGGCGCGUACGUGAAGCCGUUCCGCGUGGAGGACCCAUCGAGCAGCCUGUCGGCCGUGGUGUCGCUGCGGGGCAUGAGCACGCGGCCGCGGAUGCCGGGCGCGCAUCAGCCUGCGGCUCGAUCGUGGGAGGCGGCCAAGAGCACGCUGCUGACGGGCGGCAAGACGGACUGCCUCACGAUUAGGGAAGUAAACCACUAUGCGGACGAGGCAGGCGAUAGUCUCAUCACCUUGGUCUGCUACGACACUGCUUCAGCGACUAAGAAGGAGUCUGUCCAGACGCGAUGGAUGCAUUUGCACCAGGACCCGAACAUGGCGGACUUUGAAGAUCUCAUAGACUCUUGCCCUCACGCCGAUCCGGCGUUGAGAACCGUCGCACUUGCCCUUCUUCGCGAUCGCCGUCACUCCACAAACAGCGAGCCCUUUCAAGGAGGAUUAGGGAGCCGUGACUUCAUCACCCGUUACGACCACAGAGACCACAGGGGCCAAUGGAGCACCGAGUCUGUCGUGUUCAUCAGCGUCCCCUUCUUCACGAGAAAGACGCGGGCGUGGCUCAACAGUGCAGAGACGACACCUACCUCCGCCACGCCUGUCCGAUAUCAUGUGCACCCAGACCACGACUUUGCUGCUGCCGACGCUCAGAUAGCGUCAGGGGGGUCUCUCAUGUCUGGCGGUGACACGACUUCGGAAGUGUGCGUGGCGUAUCUUUGGUGCCUAUUACUCGGACCAGACAUUAUCGUCACAUGUGGCGACAUUGAGUUAAAGGACCUCCUUGGCUCUAGCAUGACUGUUGAGAUGAAGUCAAGAGGCACCAGGCGGCCCUGUGCCAUACGAAUCACUGACUCCGACUCCCGAUAUUUCCAUCUCGUCAUUGACCCGCCUCUGUCUUAUUUUGAGUUUAUGGAAUGCGUGGUCAACAAGGUCCGUCUCUUCGCCGACGGCAGCCACGUCAAAGGCUUCAAACUAUUCACCGAAGAUGACGAGGAGCUCACGCCGGAGACAUGGCUCGGCCUCAUGCAACGCGAAGAGCUCGACUCUCUGAGCUUGGUGCUUCACCGGCGCGAGGGGUUCAAUUAUACGUCAGAAUCGGAUGCUUCCAGUGAUGAGUCAAGCUCUCUCAAAUCAUACGAAAAGUAUGAGCGAGAGGUGGGGAGGGCUCGCGGCCCAGUGGUUGUGGUCGCCCCCAACGCGCGGCACUCAUCCCGAGCGGGAUCGGGUGCGAGGCGGUCACCAAGCCUCGUCGUGAAUGAUACGCAGUCCCUACCUGGAGCAAGAUCGCGGGUAUUCCAAGCGACGAUAGAGAGCGAUGAUUCCGAGCCCGAAACAACACGUUCCAUAUCGGAGCGCGCAUCAUCGAGGCGUGACAACCUGCGAAAGCCAUCAAUGGGCAGCUCCAGGUCGAGCAAUCUGCAGCAAAGCACCGCGUCGUCCCAGGCUCAGAACCAGCGAGUGCGCAAGGUUGGCUUUGCCUCCGGCACGAUCCUCCCCUCCCGCAGCACGUCUACCGGAAGCACAGCUUGCGCGAAUGGGGGAUCGGAUGACGUCGUCCCGUUGAUCAUUCAUCCCUUCUUCACGUGGAAUGUCGUGCACAAACGAGACGGCGGCGGGGGCAACUUGCCGUCGCACAUCCAGAUAUACCGACUGCUGAACCGGGUCGACAAGGCCAUGUCGAGGAAGCGUCCGACAGCCCACCGAUACGUCUACCAGCGGGGUUUCGAGUGUGGCUUGUCCGAGCUUGGGUAUCGGCAUCCGUACCUGGCAGACAUCUUCAGGGGCGCGGACAAUGCCACCACUACACACAGGACUGCUGAGAUUCCAAACGCGAGCGUCGGCGGUGUUUUGGGGCAGCAUGCGAGUUCUGACGCAUCCGACUUGCCAUUCCAGAAUGCCACGGAGUCUCUGCUUUGGGAAACCGUCGUGGAACAAUAUUUCCGUCCGCUCGUCACACUAUCUCUCGAUAUCGGGAAAGGGUUCGUGCCCGCGGAGCUGGAGGUCGUGCACAGGUGUUGGAAGAAGCUCUGGGGCGCGAUUGACAGAAUCCUUCGCUGUGUCGAGAUGCACUACAAGCAGGCUCACGCCCAGGGCGCGUAUCGUGUCAGCGAGCGAUUGUACACCGCCUCGCCCUACUGCGGUUCUUGGGACGACGAUACUAAGGGCUUCAUCCUGGAAUGCCAGGCAUGCAAAGAAGGCACCCAGUACCAGACCGUCAAGCAGGUGCUCGACCAUCUCCACGAGAGACAUACGCAGUGCCAGGAUUGCGGCAAGCCCGCCCGCCUGUUCGACGAUCCCUGCACCGUCUGGGUAGAAGGGACAAUGGAAGUACACGACCGCACUGUGCAAAAGUCGGUGAGCCGGACACUGAGAAAGCUCAAUUUGUUCAUCUUGUAUCUGGAAGAUAUCCAGAGAUGCAUCUCGGAGCUCCAGCGCUCGGUUCAACACGUCGACGCCCCUGGCGCUCGCAAGCAGGGCGAGAAGAAGCUGCCACUGCUGCCGAGCACACUGGUGCGAGGCUUCGAGGAGCUGCUCCUCUCAUACAUCACUCUCGCGCAUGUUCUAUCCCGCUCCACAGCCGGUUGCGAGAUUGGAGAAGCGCCGGGUACGACGAAGCCGCCGAAGACGAGGAGGCCCAAAGGUGUCGUUGGGGAUUCCCGCGAUACUCGCAGCUCGCGGACGUAUGGCAGCUCCUACGUCCCGUCGAGCUACGCCGCCAAGGGGUACGGCGCCGCACAGAGUACCACUGGCACCUUUGAGAUCCCUCAGAUCCACCGCCAGAGCAUGGCCCAGGCCAAGCUCCGGUUCAAGCACGCACGGCGCGACCUCAUCCUCCUGAGCACCACGACCAGCCAGGCGGGCAGCGUGAGCUUGACGGCCGUGGGAGCCGAGUACAUACUCGGCGUGGUGCUUGCCGGCCUCAACACGCACAUGGACGGCAAGAAGGAGGACCUUCUCAGCAUGUACAGCCGCCAGCUGGUGCGAGUCGCAAACCAAGCCGCCAGACGGCCGCAGCGGCGGCACUUCAUGGAGCUUCACGCGCUAGAGACGAAUGUGGUGGCCGUGGAGAGGGUAUUUCGGCUGCACGCCCACCUGCUGGGCAACUACGGGCGCAUACUGGACCCCAUGUCGUACAGAGUCACGACCAAGGCCAGGCAGGCGCUCUACGAGGUGGAGGCGAACUUUCUCAGCGACGAGGCCAAGCGGUUGGUUUCUCGGAGUCGUCUCGCCGAGGGCCUUUUGAAUCGCCUCGAUUUCUUCCAGCAGCGCAUCAAGCAGCAGAUUGAAGUGUUGGAAGAGGGGCACGGCAAGGCCAUCCGCGUCUUUACCUUUGUCACUGCCUUUUUCCUCCCCCUCUCGUUCGUGACCAGCUUCUUGGGCAUGAACACGACCGACAUUCGUGACACCGACCUCGACCAGAGCAUUUUCUGGAAGGUUGCGAUCCCGACGACCAUCCUGAUCUUGACGUUGGCGUUCCUGUAUGGGUAUAAGUGGGACAGCAUUCAUGACUCCCUCAGCAACACGUGGGAGACGGCACAGCAAAAGAGGGCACAGCGAUGGGCAAGGCACAGGGCGGAGCGUGAUGGCGGUGGCGGUGGUGACGGUUCCAGGGCCUCGAGAUGGUCGUUUUCCGGCUCAAGACUGGGUCAGAGAGGGGAAAGGGGCGCUCAGCCGGGCGAGAAGGACGCGUAUGGGCUGAACGGCCUGCCGGUGUAG